AUGGAGCCAGCUGCCGAAGCGGACGAGUUUAGCCUCGCAGCGGUGCAGCCCGAGGGGGCUCCUCAACACGAGCAGACACCCCUACUCAAGCAUCUGCCCUCGGUAGAUGACGAUGAAGAUGACGGUCGUGACGAUCACGGACAAGAAGACUUCGCUCAUCUACUGUGGUACCGCCGGCCCUCAAUGGGAUGGAUCCUGCUUCCCUACCUCGUCCUGGCCUUGAUCUACGGCGGCAUCAUCUCCCCGAAGAUCAACCUCGUUGUCGACCUCGUCUGUCGAGAAUACUAUUCCACCGAGCAGCUCGCCGGCCGGAGCCCUACCACGAGCGCCUUCGAUGACGGCGCCCAUGACCGCUGCCGCACCCCCGAAGUCUCCCAGCGAGUCUCUCUCUUCAUGCUGCUGGGAGACCUCCUCGGUGCGAUCCUCCCGGCCAUCGUCAGUCCCCGACUGGGGGCGUUGUCGGAUUUGUACGGGCGCAAGCCCAUUUUGAUCAUCAAUGGUCUCGGGUCCAUGGCCGGUGAAAUCAUCACCCUCCUCGUCGCCUCUUCCCGAGACACCGUCAACGUCAACUGGAUGCUGCUCUCGUUCUUUCUGGAGGGUGUCACAGGCUCCGCCAUCCUGGCCAUGGCCAUGGUGAACACGUACGCCACCGACUGCGUCCCAGCCCACCGCCGUAGCAUGGCCUUCGGCUACUUCCACGGCUGCACGUGCAUUGGCAUUGCUCUCGGCCCAAUUUUGGCGGGCUACAUCGUGGAGGUGUCAGGCAGCAUCGUCACCGUCUUCUGGAUCAUGCUGGGCGUCCAUGUCUGCUGCGCCAUCUUUGUGGUCCUCUUCGUCCCUGAGUCGGUCUCGCAGCGUCGCCGGAGUCGGGCGCGCGAGAAGGUUGCGCGGGCUCAGACCGCACAUCGGGACGGGGCCUCGUCUCUGCGCCGCCUCAACCCCUUGACGCUGCUGGCACCGCUCAAGGUCCUGUAUCCCACGGGCCCGGGCAGCACGCCCGCCCUGCGACGGAACCUCGUCUUCUUAGCGGCCGUGGACACCAUCAUGUACGGGGUGGCCAUGGGGAGCGCCAAUGUCCUGCUGAUAUACGUCAACUACGAGUUCGGCUGGGAGACAUUCGAGUCAGGUCGCUACCUUACGAUCGUCAACUGUACGCGCGUGGCCUUUCUGAUGGUCAUCUUGCCCGUCAUCACCCACCCUGGCAGCGACUGGUUCGACCUGACCAUCAUGCGGAUUGGCAUCGCCCUCGAAACAGCCGGCUGGGUUGGGUACAGCCUGGCCAGCCGCGGGGAACUGUUCACCCUGUCCGGUGUCGUCGGCGCCGCUGGCAGCGUCUCGUCCCCGGCCCUGCAGUCGGCACUCACCAAGCACGUGCCAGUCGACCAGACGGGACAGCUCCUGGGCGCAAAUGGCCUGCUGCACGCCCUGGCGCAGAUCAUGUCUCCCGUCAUGUUCAACGCCGUGUUCGCGGCCACCGUGGGCCACUUCUCGCAGGCCGUCCUGGUGUGUCUCACCGGGACAUUUGGCGCUGCCUUCGUCAUCAGCUGGCUGAUCACGCCUCACGUAUACCACGGGGCGGAUGAGGACAUCACCUCCAUGCCGGGAUCUACGUCUGCGGCGUCGACAGAGUGA